UCCAGACGCCGGCGCGGGACGCUCCCUCCAGCGCACCAGCAGAAGCCAGCAGGCCCGGCGAGGUCCGGCGCAAGGCGAAGGCCCCAGGGGGACGUGGUUCCUGCACCGCGCCCCGCUUGCGCGCAUCUCUCCGCCCGACCCUCCCGGCUGCGUCGAGACUUUGAGGGAAUGGACCUGCCCCUGGAGGACCCUGCAGCCCAGCCUCAACGGGAGCUUCCGCAGCCGCUUCCACCAGCCCACGUGUGUGAGCUGCGCACUGCGGUGUCCUGCUUUGCCGAAGAGACCGUCUCGCUGCUCUCAGUCAACGGCCUGCUAAGCCACUCCCUGCUCAGAACAGGAGGCAACGUUGGGCCUCAGCCAAGGGAGCCUGGGGGCUCCUCCAGCACGGCCCGGCGCAAGCGGGAAUUCACCCCGGAUGACAAGAAGGAUGACGGCUACUGGGACAAGAGGAAGAAGAACAAUGAAGCGGCCAAGCGCUCUCGGGAGAAGCGGCGGGUCAGCGACCUAGCGCUGGAGGGCCGGGUGCUGGCGCUGCUGGAGGAGAACGCUCGCCUCAAGGCAGAGCUAUUGGCCCUCAAGUUCCGCUUCGGCCUGAUCCGGGACCCGGCUGAGCCUCACCAGCCCGUGAUUGCUCUUGCCACCGAGAUCCACCAGCCACCAGCCCCACCCCAGCACUACCCUGUGGCUCCUGACACACCCCACUAUGCUUGCCCUUUCCGCCCAGAGCCAGCCACCAGCUCUGAGGAUUCUGGUUUCUCCACGCCAGGCAGUUCCAGCAUGGGCAGCCCUGUAUUUUUUGAGGAGCGCGACAGGGCAGAGGAAGGGGGUGCCUACGACGGGCACUGCCUGGUGCCCGAUGCCCCAAGCGAGGGAGCUGACGUGGGUCGGGUUGGCCGCUACGAGUCCGGGGAGAGCGUCAAAGGCCUCCCCCACAAGCUGCGCUUCAAAAUGGCUGGGGGGGCCGAGGAGACGGGUGGGGAGCAACCUGGACCUUACACGCCCUCUCCACCGGUAGGAACCUGGAGGGCCCCAGCUUCACGGGAGGAGCAGGGGAAUGUCGCCGGCCCUGUGGGCACAAUGGCCUUUGAGAAUUGCUGUGAGACGGAGGCUCCCGGCGCCCAGCUGCCCGCCCCGCCGGGGCCUGAGUACCAGGCGGAAAACAGCACCUUGCGAAGCCAGCUAGCAUCACUUUCAGCUGAAGUGGCUCAGCUGAAAAAGCUCUUCGCUGAACAGAUCCUGAUCAAAAUGAACUGAACUGGGGUGGGCAGGGUGCGAGACUGAAGGGUGGCAACAUAGGGGUUAAUCUCCCCCUCCCCCAAUCUCCAGAACGAUAUAAAAAAAAAAAGGGUAUUCUGUGUUUGUAUAGAAUUUGGCCCUGCGUGGUCAGUUUUCAUCUGUUUAAAUUAAUUCAAGCCACAGCAACAGCCCUCCUUUAGAAUAUGUGUUCCUCAUCACCGUGGCCCUGUCUUAGUGACUUCCAUGUUUUCUUACGUUCAGGGAACUUUUAUCUUCUAUCUGCAUGACCUUCUCUUGUCCCCAUCCCUUGUGCAUUUUGGAAGAUUCUGGGAGGUGUUUUAGGUGACAAACACUCAGCUUUUGUGCAGCAAAUGCCCAUCUGUGUUGAGGAAGUUCGAGGAGUGGGGCAUGGCAAUCUCUCCUUCCAAGAAUUUCAUCAGCCAUUGCCUGUCUUUUCAUUUGAGGAACCUCAAUAAGCUUCCAGGGUUCUGGAGAACAGAGUUUGGGAGACACUGUACUGUUCAAGCGUAAGAGCGACCACCCCAAUGCAUCUGAACUAGUCCUGACUCCCUAGAGAACAGCUAGUUGUUGCCUCAACCACAAUGGGGGUCCCUUCUGGACCACACACUUCAAAAGAAUCCUGGGAACCAGAAAAGGGAUGGACUGUUAAACCACUUGGGGAAUUGUAGAUCUGUUUUAAGUGAUUAGUGUAUCCCUGUUUGGUGGUGGUUGUUGUUCUUGCUAGGCUGGGAAACUGAAGUAGAACAGGUGAGUGCCCAGGUGUCAGUGGGAGUUGAUGUCCCUUUCAGAAACUGCCAGGCCAAGAACCUGACCUGGUGAACGAAUGAGAGGAAAUGGACUGAAGGUCUGGUCGAAGGAGAGGCAGCCAAUGGGACGAUUCCAUUCCUCGUACCUUUCCUGCCUCUUUCAUUGCUCUGCCUGGAAGCCAAACCCUCUGACUGUGGACACUUUGCGAUGGAGGACAGGCACUUUGCACAUGUUUAAAAACAACUCUCCUUUUGAUUCUUUGAUCAUGCUUCAGAGUGGAACCUCACCACUGAGAACGUUCAGAUUUUGGUUGAUUUUAACCGUCUACUUUUUAAACUAAUCAUUUUGGUGAUUUAAAUAAAUCUGUGUAUUGCCAUGA